AUGACUCUCGUCCGGGGGCCUGACACCAUCAUGCCGUCCUCAUACAACUGGCACAUAUUGGCCCCCUUUAACCCUAGGAAAUCGGGCCAAGGACCUGUUCGACUAUCUGCACGUUGCAAACGAGUGUCACCCCAUCUCGAUUGCCCCGGCAAGCAAUCGUCCGAGAGCAAAUCAUCCGGUCCCCCUCUUCCAUGGUGGGAAACGCAACAAAGCCUCUCCGAGGCCACCGACUAUGACCAGCUCCAACCACCGGCACCAGGCGACCCUGUCAAGGCUCUUCGGAUUUCGAUGAGCUCGAGACUCCGCCAACCCAGCUUCUUGGUGCCUCUCUCCGUCAGCACUGCCAGAACCCUUUUCCAGGUCGGUGCCACAAAUGCUCCGCGCAAAGCGUUGGUUCGACGCGUCGGCGUGGCGACGCUACGUACCUCGGCCAGUGCCCGGUUCAAUAAGCGCGGCAUUAUGUUCUCCCAGUACUCCUCGGGCUCCAUCGACGCUGCUUCCGAUAGCAUAUCAACGCAACACCCGCCCUCUCGUUCGCGAUGGUCUCUGGGGGUUCACCAAGUGUCAGCGGGCCGCGGGGUAAUAGCACGUGUCGGCGACGGUGCAACCUCGCCCGUCACACCGUCUUUCGUUAUCUCAUCCACCAGCACAGCGACUGUUGCAACCCAUGGGCAGAAAAGUGGCGGGCAGUUCACCCAGUUCUCCCCCCCCCCUCCCCAGGGCUGGCUGGUCCUGGGGUUGCAGUGGCAAAUACCAGUCAAGUGGCGGGCGACUGAUGAUGCUGGAGACGAGAGUGGAUGCGCUGUGAAGCUAUAUUCGGCAGAUCGUCCUGUUAGGGCCAUGGGCAUCAACAGGCGAGUCACCGGUCUCAAUCCACCCGCUUUUCCUCCCGCUUUGACAGCGGCCCUCUCUAUUCCCAGUUCCCACCGUCCGCCUUGUCUCAACCGCCUGCUCAUUGCAGGUAUUUACCGGCAUCACAUAUGCAAGCUAGAUAUUGCAGGCGUGUUCGACGGUGGACUACCUGGACCUGGAACCCGCCUGUCUUUUCGAAAAGAGACAAGAUGGAUUUGGAUGGAGACGUGCCAGAGAAAGAGGAGUUUUCACGUUGGACAGAAGCGAUACAGUAGUGUAGCGAAGGAGGAAACAUACUCCAUCAUCCCGCUGCGGAGCUGUUUCCUUCCUCUCUUUUGUCAUUCGCUGCAUCGUCUGAGCAAGUUUGAACGUCACAGGUACACAGUAUUUCUCUGGAUCCCGAUUGGGAAGGCCAGAGAGAGAUUUCCCCAAGGCGGAGUAACUAGAGGUUUAUGGAUGCGUGAUGUGCAGAAUUGCUGUUUUGGGGCGGAAAGGUUGUGGGGUUCAACUGCCGAAGUGUUGGCGGGAGCCUCCGAUGGAGAGCGGGAUGUUGUCCGUGAGGUGGUUGAUUGUCGUGAUCGUCUGGUUCGUUUCCUCUUGGGAAGUACGUGGUUUGCCGUGGAGUUGAUCGCCGGGCCCUCGGCCCUCAUCGAGCCGGUUUUACAUACACUUGUCAUUGUAGAUGGCACAUUCGUCGCCAUUAUUGGGAUCCCUGACUGGUUGAUACAGGGCUGUCCUACAGCUGCUACUUCUUCCAUCUUUCCAGUAUCAUAG